AUGGGGGUCAAGGCUUUGGAUCCUGAAGAGGAUAAUGAACAUUAUUUAGCAUCGACAGAAUUCAUUCUCAAAAAAAUCCGUCAAUUGUUUUCAAGGCGACACAAGCAAUCAGUCAACCACUUAACGAAUGGGUACAGAACUGAGCGAAGUUUACAGAGAGAAUCAAUCUCCCGCCCACAUAAUAUCCAAGAAAAAUUGCAGGAAGAAACUGCAUUACUGGAAACUACUUCUUCCAGAAGUUCUAUGGAUGCCCAAAAUUUCAGACGGUUUUCUCUACAUAUUUCAUCGCAAAAGUGGCACAUUAAGCACCGUAAUGGGGAAACUUUGCUCUCACUUCUAGUGCCUGAGGAGAUGUCCUCCUCCUCCUCCGCCUCCUCCUCCUCCUCCUCCUCCUCCUCCUCCUCCUCCUCCUCCUCCUCCUCCUCUCCUCCUACUCCUCCUCCUCUUGGGGAGAGAAAGUAA